UUCAUACUGUAUGUCUCUCUCCCUCCAUCGCCAAGCUGCUGUUGUAGCCUCCUCCUUCCCUCCACUCAGCUCUGUGAAUGGAUGAUUGAUCUCUCCAUCCCUCCUUCCGUUUAUCCAUCGCUCCUCAGCAGGGAAAAGAAGCGAGAAACAGGGGGAAUCUCCAUCUCCAAGAUCUGUGAUUGACAAGACGAGACUGUCUUGGGGGAAUUCUAUCUCUCCUCUUCUUUCCUGUGAUGGCUGGAUGAGGAUUUAUCUUGGUCAUGUAACGCUUUUCAAGGCAGAAGAAGACGUGGAAGAAGAAGACGUGGGAGAAGAGGGGGAGGAGGAGGAGGAGGAGGAGAAGUAGAUGAGCGAUUUCUUGGGCUACAGUGUGAGGGAGGUUUUCAACAGAGGCAAAUGUGCCUCUCUAGUCUCUUGUCUCUGUGUUGAUUUAGGACAGAUGAGGAUGUGUUAGUUUGACCAUGGAGUUCAGCGCGUCGUCUGUGUUUGACCAGCAGAAAGAUUCUGCUGAAGAAGUGGAUCUUAACGUUGUUUACCAAGCAGCCGCCAAUGGGGACGUCAACACAUUAACAGCAACCAUACGGGAGGAUCCCUCCAUUUUGGAGUACUGUGAUGGUGAAGGCUCCACCCCUUUGAUGCAUGCGGUGUCGGGGAGGCAGGUGGACACGGUGAAACUGCUGCUGAAGAUGGGCACCUCCAUCAAUACCCAGGAUGCCUGUGGAAGGACCUCGCUCUCCCUAGCGACAUAUCUGGGGUGGCUUAAAGGCUGCGUGUGUUUACUGCGAAAUGGAGCCAAGCAGAACAUCCCCGAUAAAAAUGGUCGCCUGCCUCUUCACGCAGCGACCGCUGAGAUCGACCUCAAACUCAUGGCAGUCCUGCUGCAGCAAUCGACUGCGUGUGAAAUCAACCACCAAGACAACGAGGGCAUGACGGCUCUUCAUUGGGCAUCUUUCCACAACCGUCCUGAGCAUGUGCAGGCUCUCCUGCAGAAAGGGGCGGAUCCCACACUGGUGGACAAGGACUUCAAGACAGCCCUCCAUUGGGCAGUGCAGAGUGGCAGCAGAUUAAUGUGUUCUCUCAUCCUGGAUCACCACCUGGGCUCCUCGGUCAUCAACUAUGACGACGAAAAUGGCAAGACCUGCGUUCACAUCGCCGCUGCCGCCGGAUACAGCGACAUCCUCUAUGAGUUGGCGCGCUUUGCUGAGACCAACCUGCAGGCCCUGGAUGUAGACGAACGGACCCCUCUUCAUUGGGCGGCAGCAGCGGGGAAGGAGGACUGUGUCCAGGCCUUACUGCAGCUAGGGGUGGAGACAGGGCCCAGGGAUAUCAAUGAGAACACACCGCUUACAUAUGCAAUGUACUGUGGCCACACUGCCUGCAUCAAGCUCCUCUCAGCUGACAACAGAGCCGAAUCAGCCAGACAGCUGCCUUCCCAGGGCAGUGAUCCAUCCCAGCUGCCUUCCCAGGGAAGUGACCCAUCCCAUCUGCCUUCCCAGGGGAGUGACCCAUCCCAGCUGCCUUCCCAGGGGAGUGACCAAUUCCAGCUGCCUUCCCAGGGGAGUGACCAAUCCCAGCUGUCUUCCCAGGGGAGUGACCCGUCCCAGCUGUCUUCCCAGGGGAGUGACCUGUCCCAGCUGUCUUCCCAGGGGAGUGACCCGUCCCAGCUGCCUUCCCAGGGGAGUGACCCGUCCCAGAAGAAGGAGGGCAAGUUCCGCAUGCUCAAUCAGAUCUUCUCCUGCAAGAGGAAGGAGCACUAUGCCGCCCGCCAGAGAGAGCUGGGCCGCGACGGACACCUGAGGGAGGAGACCUCAGAGGUGGAUGACAUCAUCACCAUGUUUGACUGCCUGGCGGACUCCUCCUCGGCCAAGGAGCCUGAAAACGAACGCUCCAAAGUCAGGAAACGGCCUUUGGUCGAAGCGGCGCAGAAACUCAAUCCACUCGACAUCCGGACCGCGAAGGACUACAAGGGACUGCCUCCCAUACGGACACAAAGUCUUCCGCCCAUCAAUCUGGGAACGUCUUUGCUGGCCAUCUCCCAGAGUGCUGUGGAGCAGAGUCACACCACGAGGCCGAUGGUCAAUCACUUUGCCCACCGCUCUCAGAAAAGCAAGAGUGAGCAUGACUUGUUUGACAGCAGGCCGAAGGGACAAGCGUUGGUCAGUCAUUCCUGGAAGACCGAGUCCAAUCAGUCCAUUUUGGCCCACAAAUCCUGGAUUUCACCCCCAACAGAAAGGCUGUUGGACAAACUGUACCAUGAGACUUCCGGACCUAUGGAUGUCCUCUGCCCACACCAAGCCCCAUACAUACAGAAGAAUGAACAAGCUCCAAAUACACAGCUGCUACCUCUGGACAGGUUAAACAUGAGGGAAACUGCCCUAACACGGAACUGCUUGGCCCCCAUUCGUGACCACUGUACCCACCGGUUCUCUUUGCCACCAGACCAAGUCUCUAAAGGGGUGAAGAAGUGCAAGUCCCUGCCUCUCAACACCCUGGGUCGGGGACAAGGAGGUCUCCCGCCACCUGUGACCUCCAAGUCCCAGAGGCCAGGGAUCCCCCAAAGCCCGUCCUUGUGCUCCUUCCUGCCCAUGCUGAAUGGAGACCCUCUGAGGAGCGUCCAGGUGCUCCCCGCCAUCCCAUCCCAGAGGAAACACAGCCCCACUGUGGGCCAACCCAAAAUGGACACCCUCAGUAAACUGGACGACAGAACCUGAUGCAACCGCAUGGCUCAUUGGAGGCUUGGGGAGAUAUGUGGUGGAGUGGACCUGAUUGGAAUUGGGACUUGGCUGGGUUAGCUAGCAGCAGGCCAUUUUCUGUGGAAUUUGUCCCUAAGUGUAAAAAAAUAUAUAUAAAAAUUGGCCCUGAGUGUACAAACUGACUAAACUCAUCAAAAGGAACUCUACUGUAUGCCACAGUAAAUUGCUCAAGACUUUGCAAACAUUUGUUAAUAAACAGCAUCCUAUUUUUACACGUUUAUACUGUACUUUGUGGUGGAAACUCCACAAUUCAAGGCAUGCACUGUGUACUGUUUGAUUUUCUUGCACUUUGAAAUUGAGGCUUUACGUUUAGUUUGUCAUGUGACUGUUUCGCUAAAUGAAUAAAACAUAUGACAUUUGUA